AUGGCGCACUUUCGCCGCUCGCAGGCCGUGAACUUGGUCCUCAGCCCCGCGCUGCCAGACCUGGCUCGGGUCGGCGUUCGCCUCGGCUUGGGCGACUAUCCGGCCUGCUGCGACCGCCUGCUGGAGCUCCUGGAUCCGAAGCUGUGCUCAGAAACUGACCGGAUCGGUGUCCAGCAAGCCAACGCUGAGUUGCAGAGGCUCCGGAACAAGCUGGACCUCCUUCCCGAGUCGGAGCUGUCCAAGGCUCUCCAAGAGGCGCAAGGGGCGCCAUCUAACGCGGAGCGGCUGUUUGUGACGCUGCCUUCGCAGUCGGCAUCUGCCAAGAGCCGCUCCGUUCUUCAAGGGCGAGGUUUGGGAAGGGGCUCCUCUGCUCCCAAGGCCAGUUUGGACAAGUUCAUGAAGCAGAUGAGGAAUACGACCGAGGUUGCAGAGCCCAGCGAGCCGGUGGUUGCGCAGCCCAGCGAGUCGGUUGCAGAGCCCAGCGAGCCAGCGGUUGCAGAGCCCAGCGAGCCGGUGGUUGCGCAGCCCAGCGAGCCGGUGGUUGCGCAGCCCAGCGAGCCCGCGGUUGCAGAGCCCAGCGAGCCGGUUGCAGAGCCCAGCGAGCCGAAGGUUGCAGAGCCCAGCGAGCCGGUUGCAGAGCCCAGCGAGCCGGUUGCAGAGUCCAGCGAGCCGGAGGUUGCACAGCCCAGCGAGCCCGCGGUUGCAGAGUCCAGCGAGCCGGAGGUUGCACAGCCCAGCGAGCCGGUUGCACAGCCCAGCGAGCCGAAGGUUGCAGAGCCCAGCGAGGCAGUGGUUGCACAGUGCAGCGAGUCGGCGGAGCAGGAAUCAGCCGAGGAGCCAUCCAUUCCGGCCUUUGAGAACGGGAAGCUGGGUGAGCCGCUCAAGGAGUACAGGGACCACGUGGUGGCGAGGCAGGAGUUUGAGCACUACGGCCCGGACUGCCCGCUGGAGGUAGUCCGACGCUUCCGGGAGUGCCUCUAUCGCGACGAGAAGGACACGGCGAACUUCAAUCCCUACUGGGUCGUGCUGGAGUUCCCCACUCGCACUGGUGUGGGGCCGCUGCCAGAGUGGAACGGCGCGAUGGCCUUCUGUCUUCGCGAAGGCGAUCCCACGAACUUCCUGCUCGUGAGCAAGAACAAGGGCGUCGCGGUGCGGGCCGAGAACGUCUUCAAGGUGAAUGGUGAAGAAGGACUGCCUGCCGGCUGGCAGCGGGGCAACAUCCGCAUCUUCGACAAGGGGGCCUACUACCAAGCCAAGGACCAGGACGCGGCGGAGUUUUCCCCACGGGCGGCGCUCCGAAGCCUGGAGCACCUCGACCCCGUCGGCUACAUGUCCCACAUGGCCAAGCUGGAGGACCGCUUCGGAGGCGACACGGCCCUGCGGACUCGCAAGCGCAAGGCCACGACCGAGGAUGAGUACAUCUACGUGCAGCGGGAGGCCCUCAACAAGCUCCGCAAGGCCGUUGAUGAGGAAAGGGAGGCCAAGGCGAUGCUUGCGAAGUCCACGCUUUCCAUCGCAGACUUCAACUACGAGACCUGCCAGUGCUGGUAUUGGGACGAGCCGAGUGGCUGCAAGAAGUCCGUGCCCUUGGACGAGGCCGUCGCCAUCGCCAUCCAGACGAGGAGAACCAUAGUGCUUUACGGGCCUCCAGGUCGAGGCAAAUCGCCCUUCGCCAAAGCACUGGCCGGCUGGUACAUGCAGCACGUCCUGAAAGGCAAGAUCGACGAGAUGAUCUUCACCGGCACCGUGGACAGCCUCCGCAAGGCGUACCAGUUCAACCUGCUUCAGGGCGGGCGGCCCCUGGUUUUCGAUGAUCUCCUUGCCAACCGGCAAAACGUGGGGAGCCAAGGCGGAGGACCGGACUUUGUCAAGCAGCUCUUGGGCAUCUCCCGGGAUGAUCGAGCGACUCUCCAGAGUCGCUACGCAGACAUGCAGAUCCCGCAGGAUUGCCUGAGAAUCAUGACAGUUCAAGAUGUCGACAAGGUGCACCCGGGGCUCCAGGUCAUGCACAGCGCCACGGAAACCCACAUCCCCAAGGAGUUCUGCGGGGACUUGCAUGACAUGCCCAUCAAGGAGCAUUUCGACGUGGACCGCCGGGCAAUCCUCAAGAGGAUGGUCGCGAUCUUCGUCCCCGAUGGCAUCCUGAAAGGCGAGGUGCUGGGUGGCCGCGUCGAGUCUGAUCAGGAGAACAUCGCCAGGCUGCGGGAGCUCUGGAGUAAGACCGUCGGCUGA